ACUUCAGUUCAAGCUUGAAACUGCUUUGAAAUAAUUAAUUUCUGUUAUUAUCUUAGUUGUCUGGCUCUCCUGUGCUCUAAUCUACCCUAGGGGUAUGGCGAGACUACUUUUGGGAGCACUUCCAAGGAGUGCCCAGUUUUGCUUGUCUCCAACCCUUAUCCAAGUCAGACAUGCGCAAAAACGCAAAAAGCCCAUCGAUUUCUAUUCGUUGAAGGCGCUAGAAGUCCAAUCCGCCAUUUCCGAAGAAUUCGAGCUGCCAAGAAUGAUGCUGAGGCAGGCGAAAGGCGGUGGCAGUGGAAAGGCUAAGCCUGGUUUCUUAGUUUCGGAUGUGUCAGGUGGCACUGGUCAGUAUUUCAAGAUUGUAGUUCUGUCGACCAAAUUUUUAGGUGUAUCGCCCUCGGACCGCAAAGACAUGGUGUACAAUUGUGUCUCGCACCUUAUGGACAAAUACCAGCUUGACAUCCGAUGCCAUGCAAUCGUGAAUAAGGACACCAGUGGCGAAAUAAUCAAGCCUUCUGAGGCUGCUGAGGUGUAGUGUUAUGUAGUCCAGUGCCUCUCUGGAUAGUCUCACACACAUGUUCUGGGUGCUGGAUGGCCGGACGCUCGCCAUGCACCCACCCCAAACUGUACAGCUGUAUAUAUUAUAUAUAUGCAAGAACUUAACUUCUUAACAACACUGGUUGGCAUUGCUGAUAAGCAUGCCUGCCUUGCACAAUAGCAUGAUGAGUGAAUGUACAUAUACCAUGUUUUAUUGAGCAAAUUUUAACAAGCCAAGCUGUAGAAUGAUA